UACGACAUGUUUUUUGGUGAGUGUGAGUGUGUGAGCAUUGCUCAUUGGUGGCCCUACUGUUUCUAGUUAGUACUGCACCCACUGCUUCACACACACACAUCUUCCAAAUAUGGUUGGGUGCCACCCACUUCCUUGUCCCCAUUAGGAAUGAUUCAAGCAGCGAGGACAUUUUCAGCAUCAAGAGGUAGCUAUCAACAGUAAAAGAAGAUUAUUUGCUGGAGAAACUAGCUAAGAAGAUAAGAACAUGUGCAGAGGAGCAAAAGUAAAGCAUAAGAAAUGCCACCACGGAUCAGCAAUUCAACAUGAUACACAUCUGCAAAUUAGAGGUCCAGUAUAUUUAUGCAGCAAAAGUAUUGAUGCCUUCAGAGAAGAUGGCUCAAUUGGUGUUAAUGGAGAACCCCACCUUUGUUUAUUUGCCCUGGAUGACAUCAAAGAAGGAGAAGAAAUCGCCUAUAACUAUGGAGGUGAAGACUGCCCAUGGCAAACACAGGUUUUUGCGAUGACCACUGGUUAUGUAACAGCUCUUGGAGGGCUGUCCCAAUUAGAUGGGGAAGAUUUCAACCUCUGUUUCAAGGGGCAAGAAUACCCUCGAAAACAAGGGACGACCAGCAUCACUGUUAACACCAUGGAGGAGGAUGAUUCAGAUCCUGUCCACUCAGAGAGUCUGAUGGCUUGUGCCUUUGGGCCAAAGAUCACACCUGAAGAGAUGAAAGACACAGAUCUGGAAGAUUCUGAACUAUUUGAUUCGUCAUCAGAGAGUGCAGAUGAUCACGUACCAGAUACCAUCUCCGAAAGUGACAGUGACAGUGAUGCUUCAGUUCAACUAAACUUUAAGAACACUUUUCUGCCUCUUAAUGAUCCUGAUAGCUCAAUGGGCCCCACUGUCUGCGAUUAUACAACACCAGACAACAUGAUUUUGGAUGGUCAAAACAUUACACCUGAAGCCCCCAGAGCAGUAGAAGAACCCCGGUCAAGUCAGACUAUAAAGGACAUCGUUAGAUAGCAGUCAUAAAAAAAAGGCCAGAUCAGAGACUGUUGUCAGUGUUGCCAACUUAAGAUGUUGCCACCAAUACUUUGUCAUUUCAGACCUUUGCCGCAUAACUGUUGCUGCCCCCAUUUAAUGUAGUUUUAUCUGUAUAUUCAUGCCUGCAAUAAUCAGAUAAAGGGUUGUUUGGCUGAUUCUAGAGUA